CCUCCCCACGCGACCAUGCCGGGGCUCGCCGCAGCGGACGCGUCGCCGCCGGCCGCGGCGCCGGCGCCGCGGCGGCUCUCCUCGCCGCUGCCGAGGCGGGCGCCGCCGUCGCCGUCCCCCUCGUCCGCGUCCCGCGCGGUCGGCAAGCCGGCGCGGAAGUCGCUCGGGCAGGGCCAGCACCCGGAGGCGACGGACGAGGCGGCGCUGGACAACCCGGAUCUGGGGCCCUUCCUGCUCAAGCAGGCGCGGGACGCCAUGGUGUCCGGCGAGGGCGGCGGCGCGGCGCGCGCGCUCGAGUUCGCCGAGCGCGCGGCCCGCGCGCUCGAGCGCCGCGGCGAGGGCGCCGAGCUCGAGCUCGCCAUGAGCCUCCACGUCGCCGCCGCGAUCCACUGCGGCCUCGGCCGGCACGCCGACGCCGUCCCCGUGCUCGAGCGCGCCGUCGCCGUCGUCACCCCGCCGGCCCCCGCGGCCGAGGGCGAGGAGGUGCCGCAGCCGGAGGAGGAGCAGGUGGUGGAUGAGCGCAAGGGGGAGGAGUGGGCGCUCGCCGCCUUCUCCGGCUGGAUGCAGCUCGGCGACACCCACGCCAUGCUCGGCCGCAUGGACGAGUCCAUCGCCUGCUACGGCAAGGGCUUCGAGAUCCAGAUGGCCGCGCUCGGCGACCGCGACCCCCGCGUCGCCGAGACCUGCAGGUAUCUGGCGGAAGCGCAUGUGCAAGCUCUGCAGUUCGAUGAGGCAGAGAAGCUGUGCCGCAAAGCCCUUGAGAUCCACCGGGAGCACAGCGCCCCCGCAUCCCUCGAGGAAGCCUCCGAUCGCCGUCUGAUGGCCCUUAUCCUGGAUGCCAAGGGUGACUAUGACGGCGCCCUGGAGCACCUUGUGCUGGCCUCCAUGACCAUGGUUGCCAAUGGACGCGAUGUCGAGGUUGCCACGAUCGAUGUCGCGAUAGGCAACACCUACCUGGCCCUUGCUCGUUUCGACGAGUCUGUCUUCUCCUACCAGAAGGCCUUGACUGUCCUCAAGUCUGCCCGUGGUGACGACCACCCUUCAGUGGCAUCUGUCUUCGUCCGCCUUGCUGAUCUCUAUCACCGCACAGGGAAGCUCCGUGAGUCCAAAUCCUACUGCGAGAAUGCUCUCCGUGUCUAUGCGAAGCCCGCGCCUGGUGCUGCCCCUGACGAGGUUGCUGGAGGCCUAAUGGAGAUUGCUGCCAUCUAUGAGGCGCUUGGAGAUCUUGAUGAGGCCUUAAAGCUUCUUCAGAGGGCACUGAAGUUGCUUGAGGACUCACCAGGGCAGUGGAGCACUGUUGCUGGGAUCGAAGCACAAAUGGGUGUGUUGUACUACAUGAUAGGGAGGUAUGCUGAUUCAAGGAACUCGUUCGAGAGCGCGGUUUCCAAAUUGAGGGCCAGCGGGGAAAGGAAGUCAGCCUUUUUCGGUGUUCUGCUGAACCAGAUGGGGCUAGCUUGCGUACAGCUGUUCAAGAUUGAUGAGGCUGCACAGCUGUUUGAAGAAGCACGGGCAGUUCUAGAGCAGGAGUGUGGUGCCUCUCAUCCUGAUACUCUUGGCGUGUACAGCAACCUUGCUGCGAUCUAUGAUGCCAUGGGAAGGGUGGAAGACGCGAUCGAGAUCCUGGAGCACGUGCUGAAGGUGCGGGAGGAGAAGCUGGGCACGGCGAACCCGGACGUGGAGGACGAGAAGAAGCGGCUGGCGGAGCUGCUGAAGGAGGCUGGGCGGUCCCGGAACCGGAAGCAGAAGUCGCUAGAGAACCUGUUUGGGUCCGGUGGUGCUGCGCGGGGCGCCAAGAAGGACGGUGCCGGAGGCAGGCGGUGGACCAACUUCGGGUUCAGGAGCUGAGCUGAGCUGAGAAGAAAUCAGUGCUGUGGGCCUUUGUAACAUAAGAGGAGAGGGAAAGAGAGAAAAGGAAGGGAGGAGAGAGAAGCAUGUGUAAAGAAAGAAAAGGUGUUGCUGGUAGAGUAGGAAGGAAGAUGAGAUGAUUGUGAUUGCAGUUUGUUUUGAGUUUCUUCUACAUGUUCUGCAUGUACUCUUGAUUGCUGUUGUGUACCCACUUGUUUACCUGAAGAAGUGUUAUGAUGGGAAUUCUUUUGUUUUACAGUUAGUUAACUGGGCUGUUGUAUCUGGAUGAUUUAAGCAAUAUAUAUACACUGUUGGUUGGU